AUGAUGGCUGUUGCUUCACAAGCGACUUCGAGUGAGGCGAUACACCGUCUGAUGCACCAAUCCACUCAGCCUGUCUCGCUGGCUGUGAUUAAUUCCAAACGCAAUCCUCCCCAUCCGCCUCGCCCGCCACCCAGACAGAAGCGUCAGCGCAGGACUGCUUCCACUGCGCUAGUCCUUCUAGGAGCCGCAGAUACUUCUUGUAGCGAUAGAGAGGCUUUAUUAGCAGCACUGCGUGAUGCAGACAGUAGGAUUUUCGAUGGCCAGCCGCUGCUCGAACCCGAUCAGUUAUUCGCGGUGGGCGAUGUAGCGGGACAGCCUCUCUCGCCAUCUCCAUCUCCGUCUCCAUCGCCCUCGCUCUCGCCGUCUCAACGUCAGCCUCCUCCCGCUAAGGUCAAAGGCGCGACACCGUUCGAACGCGUUGACGUCGGCUGCAGCGACGACGACGGCGACGGUGUGGUCGACAUCACAGACGAGUUGCGCGAGAAACAUCACAAGCGGUGUGAGUACGAUGAGCGACGCAUUCGCAAACUAGAGAAAGAGCAACUGGUGCAUGACCGGUACAAGUUGCAAGAGAAGCAAGACGCACUCGCGGCGCUUGAGUUGGAGGACAGCGAGGAUAUACCCGAGGAGGUGAUAGCACUGUCGAGUGGGAUCUCCCUCGAAGACCGCCCACUAGCUCUCGAGCUACAGCAGAAGCUGUUGUACGAGAACGACAAGAUGCUCCAACGAUACGACCUUCUCCUCAAAUCUGAUAUUAAGGGGAGAGUAUAUCCCAAACCGCAGUACUCCUCUAACCCGUCCCCGUUCGAUGUUCGCUGUGUUGGCGAUAAGGGCACGUACUCCGCCAGCGAACAGAUGCGCAGCUUGGAGCAGAGAGUGUUCAAGGUGGACAUGCAGUCGCCGUUUAGAGUCAGAUUGAAAAUGCCUCCCUCGACGAGAAAGUCGCUUAAGUCUUCUCAGAAUAUCUUAGCCUCUCCACUCAGUCGCUUCAGGACGCCUCUGACUCCCAAGACACCUGCUGCUGCUGCUGCCACUAGCAAUGCUCCUUCGGCUCUCUCUAUAGCUGCAGAUGCCCGCCUUACCUCACGAUCACAAGACAAAAGUAGAAGAAAGUCACAGCGGUCGCUCGUAGCUUUCGGUGUGAAUAUACCCAAUGAAAUCGAUAAGGAGCGUGAAUUCAGUCUCGUAGAUGCAGCCGAGGGUUAUGGGCUGUGGACUGGGACAGAGAACGAGUUUGACAGUAGGAGGAUGUGGGAGGACGCUUUGUCGUGCAGAGAGCGAGGAGAAGCGCAUGUUUUCGCAACCACAAGUGCAGAUGCCGCGAAGCCAACCGUAUCUCUGCCAGUGGGAACGAUGACGACGCCUAAGAGGACUUUAGCUGGGGCUGACGCUGCUUCAGCGUCUGCAUCUGCAUCUACUUCAACUACGCCUGCGUCGGAUGAAAUGGAGUGGGUCGAAUCACCUGCAUCACCUUCAUCACCACCUUCUUCUACGCCUAAAACGUCACGGGAGAUGUAUGCACAGCUGUCAACACCCAAACGAGGCAAGAAACGCGGUAGGAAAUCGCCGAUGCGCGCUGAAAGCAGUAAAAGUAUUAAAAUCGAUAAUAAAAAGACAUCAUCGGUGACGGGUAGAGGACGAGGUAGACCGCCGCGGUAUGGUGAGAAUGUUGAAAACAAACCGCAGGAACCGAAGCUUAAACCGGGAACGGUAACUUCCACGAUUAGAGGAAAGGGGAUUACGUACGUCUAUGGCAAGUUCAGGGGGCGCAGGAAGAUUACCGAUCCAUUCGUUCUCAAGGCCAAUCCGGGUUUGAGAGUGGGAGGAGAUGCACCGUUAGUACAUACGGCUGAUGGUGAAGGAUCAACAGCGCAAGAAGAACAAGGUAAUGAAGUGAAGAAAGUGAAACAGGAGACACACCUCGACAGCGAGAUCAAAGAGGAAGAGGAAGUGGCAAAGGUAGUACAAGACACGCAAGACGCACAAGAAACCAAACCAGCUGGCAAGAAUAGUCGCCAUCGCAUGACGUCAUAA